ACUCAACAAUUCUCACCCAAAGUAGAAACUUGUUUUUGUAUUCUGCUAAAGAAAGGCGGUUGUAAACUUUUAGAUCUUUAGUCCAUAGUAUUUGCAUUUUAGACAGAAGACACAACAAGUAAAAUGGAGUGUAGUAUUCCCCAAAAUUUCCCAAGUAAGGCAGCUGCCUCGGAUGUCAAAAACAUACAACCUGGACAGAGUCCUCCGAAAUCAAUGUUGCAUGUCAAUUUUGAUCUGGAAAAUGAAGAAAUCCAUGAAAGGAAGAAAAAGUAUCUGACAGCAAAAUAUGGACAGCACCAAAUGAGCUUAAUUAAAAAGCGACUGCGUGUUGAAAUGUGGAUGUACGAUCAACUGCAAAUUCUAUAUGACAGUUCUGAGGACUCUAAUAGUUAUGAAGUUGAAAUAGAUUUAGAUGAACUGCUAGAUAUUGAAGCUGAGUCAGCAAGGCGAGAUUGGUUAAGAAAUAAAUUAGUUGGUGUCAAGCAAUCAGAAGAAGCUGUUGAAAAAUUUAUAACAGAGCUUCUACAACGAUGUACAACACUUUGAUUUGUAUACUUACUAGUUGUUUUAGUACCUAGAAUGUGAUGUAUGUCAUGCCUGUGUGGAUUCCUGUUGAACUGUGAACAAAUAAUUCAUUAGGAAAACCCAGGCUUUUAAUUGCCGAGUAUUCAUUGUUAAUUUUGAAGCCUUUCAAUACGAAAGGUGUCCUGCAUAGUAGUGGACUUUUGCAUUAUUUUCCCAUAUUUAUUUUGAAUACUCAAGAUACACCAUCCCUUAGUUUAUGCUUCGAUGAUAACUAGAAUGGUUUCACCUACAUUUUCUUUAUUUUAUGUUACUUCUCAAAGACAUAUUAAUUAUAAUAGUUUUUAAAAAAUCAUUUGGUGUAUGUAGACAUAUUUUCAUUGUUGCUUCAUGGUAUUGAUAGAAAAUAUAUGGUUCUUGUAAUCAUUUCAAUAUUUUACUAAAAUUUUCAACUUCUGAUUUAUUAUUAUUUUAUUUUAAUUUUAAGGCUUGCUAGUUUUAGGGUUGGUGUAUGAUAUAACUAUUUCUUGCUUUUGUAGAUCUCAAUACGCUAGUCUAGUAAUUUUUAUUCCCACUUUUUUGUUUUACAAAGCAGUAAAAGUUUAUUUUAUUAACAAAUUAUUAUGAUCUGUAGAAUUUGUUAAUGCUUGUAACUGGUAGCAUUAGUGUUUUCUGGAAAAUUUUGAUCUGAAACGAUGUAAUAAUAAACUGUACUUAAAAGAAAAAUUAAUUUUUUAAUGAACUAGAAAAAAAGUUUAUUUUCUUUAAAAGUGACAUGGAUAUAUUUCCUUUGAUUAGAUGUAGUGUGUUGUUUUCUUUUAUACUUGAAGUAAAUUGUGCAGAACAUUUUUAGAUCCAUUCAUAUGAAAAAUAUUAUUUAUGCGUUUUUAUUUACAUUUUUUAAAAUUUAUUACUGUUUUUUUUUUU